AUGUUGUCAAAUCCUCUUCAGCGGUUCUCGCCUUAUCAUGCAAUUCCGUCGAAUACCUUUCUGGCCAGUGCUCACGUUCAGAACAACCACCUACAUGGUGCCGGAUUAGAUGCCUUCGGCCAUGGCCCGCAAUACAAUGUUCAACAUCUCCAACAACACGUUGGAGUCUCUACGCCUCACCUCUCCAGAGCUCCUCAACCAAAGCAUCGCCAACACCCAUACGGAGCGCCAGUGACCCGGUCGAUCGGCGCUGCCGGGCCUAUUCGACGCAGGAUUAGCAGAGCCUGCGACCAGUGCAACCAAUUGAGGACCAAAUGCGAUGGCCAGCACCCUUGCGCGCAUUGUAUAGAGUUCGGACUAGGUUGUGAGUAUGUCCGCGAGAGAAAGAAGAGAGGCAAAGCGUCCCGAAAAGAUAUCGCUCAGCAGGCUGCUGCUCAAGCUGCAGCGGCACAAAAUGGCCAGAGUUCCCCGGCACCAAAUGAUGAGGAUGGCUCCACCUCUGAGCAGAGGGCGAGCAAUGCAGUAUCAAGACAGGAUCAUGUAUCCAACGCCAGCGAGAAGGCCUUGAACGACAUGGAAGAAGAGAACAUGGAUCAGGGUCAGGCAACUGCCAACCUGGACAGUCUAGCAGAGCUUAGCUCACGCCGACCACACUUGUCUACCAACAUAGCCGCGUACGACAGAGAUCAGCCAGAGAGUCCAUCAUCACUAGACUUGGACGCCUUUGGCACGAUCCGGAAUCCAUAUGAUCGGCAAGACAUCGGUGCACAAAUUCUAGCUGGUCCAAGUCAUCAUCCAUAUGAGCCGAAUCAAGGUGGCAGCCUACAAAGCUACCCGGAUAUACCCUAUGCGCUUCAGACUCAGGGCGCCAGCAACUUCUCGGCCAAUCCUGCUGCAGCAUUCAGGAUUGGGACCAGUCCUAUCAGUGCUUAUCACCUCGGAGGACAGCCCGAAUCACCAGGAUGGCUACCGAUGCCUUCACCACCGCCCCAAUAUCAAUCCUAUGUCCCACAGCCACAAGUGAACUAUCAGCAGCAGUCAAGAUACCCAGUUCUCAACCCUCUGAUACCGCACCUUGGAAACAUCAUUCCAGUUGCUUUGGCUUGCGACCUGAUCGAUCUAUACUUUGCAAGCUCCUCAUCGGCUCAUGCCCACCCAAUGUCCCCAUAUGUCCUUGGCUUUGUCUUCAGAAAACGAUCAUUCCUCCAUCCGAGCAAGCCACGUCACUGCCAACCUGCGCUCCUUGCUAGCAUGCUAUGGGUUGCAGCUCAAACAAGUGACGCCCAAUUCUUGACGACUGUUCCAUCUGCCCGGGGAAAGAUUUGCCAAAAGCUUCUGGAGCUGACUGUCAAUUUGUUGAAGCCCCUGAUCCACACUCCCUCUGGAGAAACUUCCCCGCUUGCCAGUCCCGCGUUGGACAGCGUAGCACUGGGAGGACUCGGCGUGGCCUUGCCUGGGACCACCUGCUUGGAUAAUGUGACAGGGGAACCUGGCACUUUUGGCGCAGCAGGAACUCUGGAUGAUGUUGUAACUUAUAUUCACUUGGCUACGGUCGUAUCGGCAAGCGAGUACAAGGGCGCCAGCCUAAGAUGGUGGAACGCGGCAUGGUCACUCGCCCGGGAGUUGAAACUAGGCCGCGAAUUGCCGCAGCGACCGCCCCAGGCAAAUGACAUGCAGGACGAUAUUGUGGAUGUCAUCAAUAACGAGGCUGGUAUUGUCAGUGAGGAAGAACGAGAAGAGCGGAGACGGAUCUGGUGGCUGACCUACACCAUGGAUCGACAUCUAGCACUCUGCUACAACCGGCCGCUGUUUCUCCUAGAUAUCGAAUGCGAAGGUCUACUGCAGCCAAUGGACGACACCGAGUGGCAGAAUGGCAACUUUGGUUCAGGCACAACUGACCCAUCAUUAGUAGAAGAAAGGGUGCGAGGACCACACUUUGAAUGCACUGGGCAUUCCAUUUUCGGUUACUUUCUCCCAUUAAUGACAAUUUUGGGAGAGAUUGUCGAUCUUCACCAUGCACGGAACCACCCUCGAUUUGGAAUCACCUUCCGAUCGGCGCCUGAAUGGGACGGGCAGAUGGCCGAGAUAACCCGCCACCUCGAGGCUUAUGAAGAGUCGCUCAAGAAGUUUGAGCAGCAGCAUUUUCACGCGCACGACGAGGACAAGAGCGAGCCUUCAAUAACCUUGGAGAUGCCUGGAGAGCUCGACCAUAUUGGAUCCCCCUCGGCACGGUCCGUUCGGACAAAUUCAUCACGCAUGACCGAGUCUGAUAUACAGACGAGAAUAGUGACAUCCUAUGGUACUCAUGUCAUGCAUGUGUUGCAUAUUUUGCUCGCUGGAAAGUGGGAUCCAAUAAAUCUCUUGGACGACAACGACUUGUGGAUUUCAUCCCAAGGUUUCAUCACAGCGACUGGACAUGCAGUUUCUGCGGCCGAAGCUAUUGGUAACAUUCUCGAGUUCGACCCCGGACUGGAGUUUAUGCCAUUCUUCUACGGCAUCUACCUGCUACAAGGCUCGUUUCUACUUCUGCUCAUUGCAGACAAGCUUCAAUCAGAGGCUUCCGCCAGUGUCGUCCGGGCAUGCGAAACCAUCAUCAGAGCGCACGAGGCAUGCGUAGUCACGUUGAGUACAGAGUAUCAGCGCAACUUUAGCAGAGUAAUGCGUAGUGCUCUCGCCCAGGUCCGUGGUCGAGUGCCAGAGGACCUUGGAGAGCAGCACCAGAGACGGCGGGAGCUUUUGGCGCUGUAUCGCUGGACAGGCGAUGGCACUGGGCUAGCUCUUUAA